UGUGUGUGUGUGUGCGCGCGCGCGAAGCAUUCUCUGCAUCACAUAGGUUUGCGACUUUCCACGCAAACGAAAUGCUCGAGAUUCUCAUUAAAACAUACACACUUGAAUUUCGCGCACUUUUUGCAUAAUUGUGCCUACAGAAGGUGCAUCUACAGCUAAGGAGCAUGCAAAUGUGACCGUUGCGUAUGCUCAUACUGUUACAUAUUGUCGGUAAAUUUUGGCUAACUUCCACGAAUUAAAUAAAAUGUAUUUGGAUCACUCACAUACUUUUUUAAUCAAACUUCAUAACUUUUCAUACAAACUUUAAACGAUUCCAUAUAAUAACUUUGUUCAAUUAAUAUAUUCCUGCUAAAUGUUUGGUGGAAAAAUUAAUUAAUUACAAAUAAACGAAUGACUCAUAAACCUUUUUAAUUGCACUUCAAACCUCUUCAUACGAAAUACAAAUGAUUACACAUAGCAAUUAUUUAAAAAAACAUUCACUUUCGGUCAAGUGUGAGCGAAUUUCGUAAGCGAAAAAUACGUGUCAUGGAAAUCCAGUCUAAGGGCUCCUGCACAGAUUUUUGCAUAACGCAUAACAUAAAUGCAUAAGAAAUUCGAUUGAUUGAAUUUCUUAUGCAUUUUGCUUAUGGAUCAAUCAAUUUGCUUAUGUACAUACGUUAUGCGUUAUGCAAAAGUUUGUGCGGCCGCCCUAAAUGUAUCAACAGUCAUAAUGUAUGAAUAUUCAAGAUGCGCUUGAUUUAACUGUGUGCGAUUGAACGAUGUACGAUUGAACGGUGUACGAAAGAACUGUGCGCGAUUGAACGGUGUGCGAAAGAACCGUGCGCGAUUGAACGGUGCGCCAUUGAACGGUGCGUGAAAAAACCGUGCGCGAUUGAACGGUGCGCGAAAGAACUAUGCCCAAUAUAAUACGUUUAUUUAUUUAAAUAAGUUAAUAAUAUGCGUUGUGUCCAAAAGCAACGGUGUCCAAUCGAACUGUGUCCAAACAAACUGUGCGCAAUUGAACGGUGAGCAAUGUUUCAUGUCUAAUAGCACGGUGGGAAAUUGCAACGUGUCCAAUUGUACUGUGCGCAAAUGAAGGCCUCUCCUUAUUCACUGGUAUAUUUAAUAUUACUACGCUGAAAUGUUAUUGUUAUUCUAAACGUAUUAGGAGCAACAUCCUUCAGUUUCGGUCGUGCAUUCGAAGUAAAAAGUGCGCUGUGUACGUUGAGAAAAAUAUUAUUUUGAUUGCGCUUUAAUUUGGUUUAUUAAUUAUAAUUAAUCAAGAUGUCAAGAAAAGCCAAAAUGCGGAAGGUGAAACUUCGUCGUCCAAAAAAAUAAAAAGUGCUGAUUUAUUUUAUGCAGUUUCUGCUCUUGAAUUUGAAAUAAUAGACUUUUUUGCUGUUUUUAAUAUUAUUGCUUCACUCGUUAUGUGUAAAGAAUGUGGGGAAAGUGUCAAGUUUAAAAAGUGUCUGUGUCGCGGACUUGGUUUUCAAAUUAAAAUAUCGUGCAAUAAAUGCAGCGACAGAUUUAUUCUACUGCAUCAUUCACAGACAGUAAUAUUGUGUAUGAAGUUAAUACAAAACUAAUUGCAGUUAUGAGAUGUCUAGGUAUCGGUUACAGUGGUUUAAAACUUUUUUGCAGACUUAUGGAUCUGCCCUGGCCCGUGGUUCGACGUACAUAUUAUGUAUUUGUAAAGCAAAUGCGCAACGUCGCCGCGGCUGUCGCUAAAUUACCGAUGACUUCGGUAAUAACACAAGAAAAUCAUCAAUCUGAAAAUGCGGAAAACUUAGUAGUUUCUAGAGACGGCACCUGGAGAAACCGAGGGUUUCAAUCUUCACGGCGUUGCAUCUCUCAUUGGACACUAUACCGGAAAUGUCGUUGAUGUUAUUAUUAAAUCAAGUUAUUGUACUGCCUGUAAACUUUGGGAACCUCGCGUGGUACCGACGAAUAUAUAGAUUGGAUUCAGAAAAUCAUGUAGACGAGUGCAAGCGAAUCACGAAGGCUCUUCAGGCAAGAUGGAAGUGGACGCGAUUCUUGAUAUGUUUAAAAGAUUCGAGGAUGAAUAUGGUGUCAAAUAUAAAUAUUAUAUUGGAGACGGAGACUCCAAGACAUUUAAAACAAUUUUAGAUGAAAAACCGUACGGUGAAGGCUUUCAAGUUAUAAAAAAGAAGUACGUGGGACACGUGCAGAGGAAAAUAGACACUCGACUGCGUAACGUUAAAAAGAAUACUAAAGGACUCAGUGGUAAAGAGAAAUUGACGAACAAAGUUAUCGGAGAAUUAUCAAAAUACUAUGGCAACACUAUAAGAAAUAAUAAUGAAAAUGUUGAAAAAAUGAAGAAAGCGAUUAUGGCUACUUUAUAUCAUAAGUGCUCGAUAGACGCCUGCCCGCGACAUCAGUUUUAUCCGGAAGGAGCAGAUACCCAGAUAGCCAAGCGUGAUUAAGCAUUUUAAAGAAACUAAUGCACAAAACGUGUUGCUAGAUAUUUGCUAUAUAUUUGCUGACAUCGAAGUAGAACACGUUACGAAUACAGCAAUAUGUCUGCUUAUACAUACAAACAGUUGGCGAAAUUUUCCGAGCAAACAGUUCGCAAUACUCGUAUAUUAUGUUGUCUACAACAUGACAGCAACAUGACGGCAAUGAAUGAUUCAAUCGAAUGAAUGAUUAUAUCUUGAGCAUCAUGAUGCAAACAUGACAGCAACAACACAUAUAUAAUAAUUUUCAUUUGUUAUUGCAUAUAUGUCUUCAAACUAUGAAGUUUUUUAAUUGUAGCUUAUUGUUUACAAAUUGCUGAUCAUAUAAACUUGUCACACGUUUACGACAACUUUUCAAUAAAAAGAUGUCUAUAUUUUUGAAAUUUAAAUAUAAUUAAUAUAUAGAUAUUAAUUUUUAUAAUUAUACAUACUUGCAAAUAUAUAUUAUCCCAGGUAAACCAGGUAGACUAUGAUAUAUAUAUAU